AUGUCCAUGAAAGCAAUCAUAAUCUCAGCAUUCGGACCCCCCGAAAACCUCAUCCUCAAAGACAUCCCCAAACCAACGCCCACCCCCAACACAGCACUCAUCCGCAUCCACGCCUUCGGCAUCAACCACGCAGAAAUGCACAUGCGCCGCGGCGAAUGGGCCGAGUCCGUCCCCAUCAGCGGCAUAGAAUGCGUCGGCACCAUCGAGGCCUGUCCCUCCGGUGAAUUCGAACCCGGCACGCCCGUCGCCGCCCUCAUGGGUGGUCUCGGCCGCACCAUCCCCGGCAGCUACGCAGAAUACACAGUCGCCAGCGUGAACAACAUUGUUUCACUGGGUUCACCAGGAGAAAAGCUCCCGCUGUCAUGGGCUGAGAUUGCUGCCUUGCCGGAAAGCUACGCCACGGCAUGGACGUGUCUCUUCCGCAACUUGGACCUAAAAGCCGGGCAGAAGCUGUUGAUCCGGGGUGCUACAUCGUCGUUUGGACGAGCGGCGGUCAAUCUUGCUGUUGAGGCUGGGGCGAUUGUUACGGGGACGACUCGCUCGGAGUCUAAGCGGGAGGAGUUGAAGAAGCUGGGUGUGAGGAAUGUGGUUCUUGAGGGUGCGAAUCUCGGGGAUAGACUGGAGGAGGAGGGUGUUGGUGGGAAAUUCGACGCCGUGCUGGAGUUGGUUGGGAAUUCUACGGUGGUGGAAUCGUUGAAGCUGGUGAGGAGAGAUGGUCGCUUGUGUCUGGCGGGUUGGUUGGGUGGUCUUGAUCCGAUUGAGGGCCCGGGACCGAAGCCUGGGUUCAAUCCGUUGCUGCAGAUGGCGAGUGGAGUUCACUUUAGCUUUUUUGGGAGUUUUGUUUUCGGGACGGAGGCGUUUCCUGUGUCCGAUGUUCCGUUGAGGGAGAUUGUUGACAAGGCGGCUGAGGGAAGGUUUGAUGUGCGGCCGUGGAAGGUGUUUGGCUUUGGGGAGGAGGAGAUUCGGGAUGUGCAUCGUGUCAUGGAGAGGGGUGAGGCGGGAGGGAAGAUGGUUGUUAGUGUGAGUGAGGGCGCUUGA